ACUGUAAAACCUUCAAUUCGAAAUGGCGCAAUAUUACGAAAUGUCUGUCGAUGAUUUAUAAUGUUCAAGUGUUUGCCAAUCAUAGGACCUUGCGGUCGACAUAUAGAUCAUAUUGAUAGACGUCAUUCAAAGCUUGAACAAGUUCCAGAUGACGUAAUAAGAAAUUUUCGCACGUUAGAAGAGUGUCGUUUAGAUGCUAAUCAAAUCAAGGAAUUACCAAAGAACUUUUUCCGCCUGAAGCGCAUUCGUCUCCUCACGCUCAGUGAUAAUGAGUUAACACGCUUGCCAACUGGAAUUGGCAGCUUCUCUAAUCUUGUGGAGUUGGACAUUAGUAGAAAUGAUAUAUCUGAGCUUCCCGCGAGUAUUCGGUUCUGUGAUUCUUUACAGAGUUUGGAUGUAAGCAAUAAUCCUUUGCAAAGCUUACCUGCUGGGUUCUGCCAGUUGCGCAAUCUUCGAGUUUUAUGUCUUAAUGAUAUUUCGAUUGCUGAGCUUCCAGAAGAAAUGGGCAGUUUACAGUUACUAGAAAAAUUAGAACUUCGUGAUAAUUGUCUCAAGUCAAUACCAGAUUCCUUCGCUGAUCUUAUUCAUUUGGAGUUUCUUGAUCUUGGUGCCAAUGAGUUUCAAGAGUUGUCUCCCGUAAUUGGUCAGCUUUCUCAAUUGAGCGAAUUAUGGAUAGAUGAUAAUGAAUUGAGAUCAUUACCUGAAGAGUUGGGAAAUCUUGGGAAUUUGCAACAGUUGGAUUUAUCAGAAAACCUUAUUUCUACUCUGCCUGAAAGCAUCUCGGGAUUAGUUUCACUGUCGGACCUAAAUUUAUCACAAAAUAGCAUAACACAUUUACCAAAUGGCUUAGGUGAUUUAGACAAGUUGAUCAUUUUAAAGCUCAAUCAAAAUCGACUGCUAACAGUAACACCAACUAUAGGAAACUGUUCCAGUUUACAAGAAUUAUAUUUAACUGAAAAUUUUCUUUCUAAACUCCCGUCUUCUAUUGGCAAUUUAGUCUCCAUGUUUCAUCUGAAUGUUGAUCAAAAUCAAUUGACUGAGUUACCCUCUGAGAUUGGUCAAUGUGCAUCACUUAAUAUUUUGUCUCUUCGAGAAAAUAAUUUGCAUAGAUUACCUAAUGAAAUUGGUAAUUGUACACGUUUACGAGUUUUGGAUGUUUCUGGGAAUAGACUUGAUCGUUUGCCGUUUAGUUUAUCAAGAUGCUCAUUGACAGCUUUAUGGCUUUCACAGAAUCAAUCUCAACCAGUUAUUACGUUACAAAGAGAUGUGGAUCCUGUUACUCAAGAACAGUAUCUCACAUGUUAUUUACUACCACAGGAUCAACUAGACUCACGUGUUGAAACUGAUCCAACUAUGUCACCAUCUGAAUUAGAUAGCUUUUCUGCUUCAUUAAACGCUAACAUUAAAACAAACCAUGAUUUACUUGACAAUAUCAGUACUGAAAUAAAUCAUACCUAUGAGCCUGCAGAUAUGCAUAUAUCAAUUCCUCAAUCAGAUCUUUCAAAAAAUCGAAGUAUUUCACCAUCGAAACAUGAAUCGACUAAGCCAUCGACUUCACCAUCAUCAACACUGAAUGAUAAUUCAGCAAUAACAAAUGAUCCUAAUUCAUUAAACAAUCAUAAUUCAAUUAAUUCCACAACUAAUCCUACAAAAAAUUUACCAUAUUCAAAUUCAUCUAUUAAUUCACCGUCAAAUGUAAAUGGUAAUUUAGAUUCAUCCUAUACAUCACCAAAUCAUAUAAAUGAUCUUUCUACCUCAUCUGCACAUUCAUCUCUAUCUAUGCAAACAUCUGCAUCAAGUCGUGUUCAUUUCUCUGGUUCAGUUAAACCUGAUGAGAUGGAUAAAUCAGGUUCCAAAGGUUUUCCAAAAACACGUCAUCCCCGUUCCGGUAAAAAAGCUAUGGAUAAUCAUCUUAUUAGUGGUAAAGAUGAUUCCACUCAAUCCAGAAGUGCUAAUUUAUCUUCAAAUACAUUUUCUGAUGGCACCAGUUCUGCUAGUUCAUCAGAAUCUCUAAAUGAUGGAAUUGCUCCAAUCUCAAUGUCGGAAUCAUUAAAUCAUGAUUGGAAGUCUCCAAAACCUAUUGAUUCUAAUUUUAACUCUUCCAUUUAUCCAAAUCAUCUAAUGAAAUCGAAUGAUGGGAGUUCUGUGGUGACUAACGAUAAUCUUAUCUCCACCGAACCGACUGCCAAACCACGCAAUAAAUCUCAAAACGUUACAGAAAUGUUUGAUAAUAAACCUCCUCAAUCUUCUAAUUUUUUCAAUGAACACCCAGCGUCAAAAUCUACAGAAAUAAGUAAACUUAAAAUUCCUAGCGAUACCGUAAUUAGGAUGGCCUCUGUAGAAGAUACUUCAGAUGCUCAUUCCAAUCGUGGAUCUCCGGUUAAAAAAUUUCCCGAUACUUUGGACGUACAAGGGAAUCUUGAUGAGGAUGCCUAUAGUAGUGGAGGUGAAGAGAUUUACGUCAUUUCUAGACGAGUUGGAUUCACAGAUGAUGUGGAAGAUAAUGAAGAGAAAUCAAGUCAAAAACUUAUUCGACGUGAUACACCACAUUAUACAAAACGCGCUCGAAUUCAGUCAAAAACAGCUGAUGGGAUGGAUAGUGAAGAAGCAGUAUUGAAAAUAUUAGAAAAGUAUCGAGCAUCUGUUUCACCGAAUCCUGAUUCAAAUUCAACUGAUUUUGACGGAGCUGUAAAACGAUUUGCCUCCCCAUUUGGUGGAUUAAGUCCUCCUGAUAUCCCAUUACAAAGUCGUGACUUGCAUUCUCCAUCAUCGUUACAUAGACAACCUGUUGUCGGUUGUCAACAAGAACAAGUUGAAGUACACAUCCAUCGACAACCUAAUGCUGGUUUAGGUCUUAGCGUGGCUGGUGGAGUUGGGUCAAUACCAUUUCGUGGUUUAGAUCAUGGUAUAUUUGUUAGUCGAUUAAAUCCUACUGGAUUAGCUGCCACUUCAGGACUUAAACUUGGCGAUAAACUAUUAGAGGUUAAUGGUGUUAGUCUUAUCAAUGUCGAACAUAAUGUAGCUGUGUCUGCUUUACGUGCCAAUACAAAUUACUUCCGUAUUCUAGUUGGUCGUGAUAUUCAAUUGUCUACGAAAGCAGACAAUUAUAAAAUUACCCCUCCUAUGUUAUCAGGAACAAAAUUAAACCUGUCGACUCAAUCACCACAGGUUACGGGAACUAUUAACACCAAAGAAAUACCUGAAUUUAUUCACUGUACAUUACAUCGAGAUUUAAAUGGUUUAGGAUUUAGUAUUGCCGGUGGUCAAGGCUCACUUCCUCCACCAUUAGAUAAUGAAGCUAUAUAUGUUAGUAAAAUAACAGAAGGUGGAGCCGCUCAUAAACAAGGCCAACUUCGAAUUGGUGACCAAAUUAUUAGCAUAAACGGUGUCGAUAUUAGAAACGCUCGUCACGAUGAAGCUAUUUCGUUGUUAACAAGUUCUAACGAUUCGGUAGACUUGGAAUUACUUCGUUAUAAUCCUGACAUGGUCGAUAAUUUCGAUAGUCUUCCGAAAACAUGUAAGAAUAUUUUGAAUAUUCCUACAUUUUUCCGAUGUUUAAAAUAUCUAGACAUCAUCAUACUGAGAGACUGCAUCAAAGUCAUAGACAGUGAUGUAUUUGAUGGAUUGUUGUUGGGCUAGCUUUGGUGUUUCAGAGUCUUGUGAGAAGUAAUGUUCAGUGUUUCAAAUCUCUAAAGUUUUCCACUACGUUUCCAGUCAAAAAGUAAGAUAACAAACGGCCAGAGUCAGUUUAUUUCUUACUUUUAUCCUCCCAGACCAGAAAGACUGACCGAAAACAUUUGUUGUUAAAAUAUAUGCCAUUAUUUUAAAGAAGAUUCAUUGAAACUUUUUUCUGAUACCCAGAAAUGGACCUAAUAUAGUAAACUUGUAAUAUCAUACAUUUGCACUGACAAUCCUCAAUUCCAACAUCAAAUUAGAUAUCGUAUUUAUUCUUAUUACUCUAGAUAAAUAUCGUUUACGAUAUUGGCACAAGCCUUACAGGUAUUUCAGUGAAGAUGUAAAUGUAUGUCUUAUGCAUAUUGAAAUUUGUUGUAGAUUUUGAUUAUUGUGCAUGAAUUUAUCUCCAGUUAGUUACUAUGAAUUAAAACUUCCCGUAGAAAUAUUUGUUAUUAAAAUAUAUUCGUUAAAUCUAUCCUUUAGUGAUGGUUUCCAGACCAAAUAAAUUCGUUAUUUUUUUAAAUAAGGGAUAGGUAAGGUUCAUAGUUUAUCAUCUUUUCCGUUUUCGAUAUUCUACAUUUCUGAUGAUUUAUGAACGUUCCUAGGCUUGGGUUUUGUUUCUUUUUUUCUUUUUAACAGCAGCUAACGGUUUUAUAACGUCAUCAUCAAUUCUGACGGUUAAAAGAUCGAAUAAUCAACAAAAUACUGCGAAGGCUACAGAUUUGACGGAUACAAACAGUCAUAUUUCUGAGAAAUGUGAUUCUCGGGUUUACUUAUAUAGUGAAAAGGGUAUUCCUGUGGAAAGAAUUACGGUUCGAAAUGAUGGUGGACCUUUGGGUUUAGCUAUCUGCGGAGGAUCCGAUAUUAGUUGCCUUCCGUUUGGUAACAAAGAACCAGGUAUUUUUAUAUCCAAGAUCUCCCUAGAUGGUGCAGCUCUUAAUACUGGCUUACGUAUCGGAGAUAGAGUUCUCAAAGUUAAUGGAGUCGACUUGAGGCACGCUACACAUGAUGAAGCAGUACAAGCUUUAAUCCAGCCUGUUAAAGAACUGCAACUAGAUGUACGGAGAGAUCCUCCGCCGCCAGGGCUAAGGGUAAGUUAAACACCAAUUCUUCAUAUAUGAAAUCUGCCUCCAAAUAUUACCUUAUCACUUUGAUGCAAUAUUUCCUUAUCAAUUCAGCGUAUCACUGUGACGAAACGACCUGGAGAACGAUAUGGACUACGUGUAACAGGUGGACUUAACACUGGUGAUAGUAACGUGGUAACUAAUUUAGCAUCACAUUACUCAUCACUAGCCAAUGAUGACGGAAUAUUUGUUACAUGGAUUUCACCAGAUGGUGUCAUUGCUCGAGACGGCAGAUUGAAGCCAGGUGACAGAUUAUUGGAGGUCAAUGGACAUUGGUUGAUGGGAGUUACUCUCGAUGAAGUUUUGCACGUAAGAAUUUUUCCAAUUUAACUUUAUACUAAACAAGUAGAUUCAUAUAGAUCAGUUCUCAAAAUAAUAAUAGCCGUCUUAAAAUCAUUGGUAAGGACCAUAAUCUUAAGAAGAACCGUCUGACCUGUUUGAUCACAUUAAUUCAUGACUUUGGAUGAUGUCAUGCAUAUCUACUAAGAUGAGACGCUUUGAUAAAUUACAUUUUCAAGUUAGUAUCUGGUAACACUAACUUACCACAUACGCAAUACUGCAUGAGUAAUAAUAUUUUGGUUAAAGCAGAUAAACUAUCUAUGUCACUGCUUCCAUCAAUAUAUUUGCAUAAUGUUUACAUUUUACGCAAUAACCUGUUAGUUGAUGAAAACCUCAAAUUAGUUAAUCAAGCGACUAGAACUACUAUUUUAUGAUACAAAACUAGUUUUUGUCCUAAGUUAGUUAGAACCAGUUUAUUUACAUCUUGCCUGAUUUGUAGAUGAAUUUCGUACUCACAGAAAUUAUAUAUGCUAAACAUACUAUUAUUGUUAUGUGACAAACCCUGUAUGUCAGUCCAUAUGCUUAAAUCCUGAAACCCCCGUAGUCUAUGUGAAAUAUUAUCGUCCUGAGAUUCACCUGAAUAUCUAGUGAUUAACGGUAAUAUACUUAAAACAACAACAAACGAGACAGUCUGCACAACGCAAAAACAAAUUAUGCCGAAUGAAUCACCGAUUUUUGUGGUAAUUAUCAUUGCCCCGUUUCAGUAAGUCCGAAAUUAUCAUCGUGUAUACCUUUAUAAUGAAUUUUAAUCUGUGCUGUCUAAAAUGGAAGUGCAUAUUAUUCUUGACAGAUAUUUUGGGAAUCUAAAUCGACUUUGUCAUGUGUGGUAUGCGAUGGUCCAGUCGAAUUCGCUCUCCAGAUUAAUAAAACAAGUCAUUCAAUGAAUACUGAACCGUCUACAUAUUCUCCUGCUAUGCCAUUUUCUAUCAUACGCUCCACAAUGCCAGAAAUCGCUGAUGCAUCUGUCGACGAUAAUCCUACCUCUAACUCACAAUUAGAGAAAGUAAACAGCAUCCAGAGAUUAAACUCAGUAAGCAAAAUUUUCAGUACUUUUGUUUCGAAUCAGUUUCGAGUAGAGUUUAGAGGCUGCUCGAUUUAAAGCUAGUUGUCGUCACAAUCUGGGAAAUCAUUAUUUAAAAAAACAAAGUAUAACUGAGCAGCUAUUCUAUGGUAGCUUAGAAAUCCACCUAGGGAUCCGUCUCAAGACCUGCUGUUUCUGCAAAAUAUAUAUAGGAAGCUUGUCUCCGUAAACAACUUUUGUAUUUAAAAACAAUCUGAUUAGUUAACCUGAACCCAUACUGAACGCAUUAACUCAACAGAAGUUAGGUUCGGUGCAUUGCCAAAUAAGCAUAUAUUUAAUGAACUAUGAAUAUCAACGUUGUUUGAAUUUGUUAUGUGAAUACAGUGACGUCUUUUUAUACUUCAGGAGGCUGCUGUGCGUCACUAGUAUCAACCAAACUGAAUGGUGGUUGGCGCGAAAGCACUCGUGGUGAUAUUUAAAUAUACAUUUUCUCUCAAUUUCAUUACCUUCAACUAGACUUUGAACCAGUCUUUUAAAUGACAUAGUGAUUUACUUACGCUUGUUAUUUUGUCUCCUGUAAAGAGUUGUACAGCGCCUUAUUAAUUUUUUUUAUUCCUUGCUCACAAUUUUAGUGAUGUAAGAACAAUUGUGUAUCUCCUUACAAUCGAUAGCACAUACCCUCGUGCGCUUAUGUACUUUUUUAUGUUUGAAUUUCAAUAAAAAUGUUCCGUUUGUU